AUGGAUCCGCUUCAUUUUGUACAGCAUUUCCGUCAACAACGCACACAUCUGGGCGAUCGAUUGCGUGAACUAAUCGUCAACGCAGGUGGAGGAGAAACUGGCGAUCGACUGCAGGAUCUUCUCAGUCUGCAGAUGGUAUGGCACGAAACUAAUGACAAAUUGGACAGACGAGGUGAACACAUGGCCUUGCUGGAACAGCAACUGACUACCGCAGAACUGGCCAUAGCGGAUUUCUUGAAAAAUCCAACUGACGCACAAAGUAUGCACUGUUCCAAGCUACUCAAACACCUGGAGGAGACCUACGGGUGGAAACUCACAGCCGACCAUGAACGCCUUCAACGACGCACGAGCGGACGACCGCAUGCAUCACAAAUGAUGCCAACCGCGGACGCAACGGAGACCGGAUGGUCUUUUGAUCAGAAUCAGCUGGGAAAAUAUGAGCACCAUUUGAAAAUGGUGUCACGAUUUCUGAAUGAGAUUCAAGUGGAUUUGGACGAAUGCAAAUGUGGUCUCUCUGAAGGACUGAAACCCCUGCUAGAAAAACUGGAAGCCCGAUUUAUCGAAAGUUAUCAAAUAUUGUCCGCCGCGGCAGAGACAUUGAAUCAGCUUACACUGGGUGGUGGUGGUGGUGGUGGAUCUGAGGGGUCGAGAACAAAAGGGGGCGAGCUAAAUACGGAGGAAUUGGUCUGGCUCAAAGUGCUGUUGGACACGCAGAAAAGUCGUAUCGAUAUCUAUUCGAUGGAGUUCAAAGCGAACCGAGAGCAUUGGUAUGCGCGUGCCGAUCAAUGGAGCAAAUUUUGCAAUGAUCUUCAACUGCUCAAGGAUUCCAUUGUGAAACUUAAUGCGGCAAAUAAAAGUUCAGGAAUUCACGCGAAUAACACCGAGUUGAAAGAGCAACUGCGUUUAGCCUGCGGUCAGUUUGCCGCUCUAAAUGAGCUAGCCUCUGUCCUAAUUGCCACGGAAGCUGACAGAAUUAAACACUUGGGAUUGACGGGAAUCACUCCGCCCCCGUACGGUACACCGAAUGAGACUGGGAUACCCAAAUCUCCCGUGAGCACAGAUCCCACAACUCCACCGGCUGUACCACCUAGGAAGAACAGCUUGCAUCGUGGUCGUGCCCUCAUUUCCGGCGAGCACGAACAAAAUUUGAUACAGACCGAACUGAGUGCAAUGCGAAGUCAUUUACAAGAGUUGUGUCGAAAUCUGCGAUGUCCGGACUGGUCUAGUGAACAUGUAUCCGUACGAUCCGAGAUGCCAAUUCACUCACAAACACCUGGUGGAACUGGUUCCAUCAAAGAUUCCAGUCAACAACAGUCUUCGUAUGUGAAUGUUAACUGGCCAGAAGACAGUGUACCUCCGAUGGCCCAUUCUGCGUUAGAAUCUCUCGGAAACUACCGUGGUGAGGUGGAAGCAUGUCUGCAUGGACUUUCGGAGGAGAAUCGGUGGUUCGCUGAAGAGUCCGGACUGGUCCCGACUAGUUUACUCAAGAGAAAAUCUGAUGACAUACUGCUCGCGUCCGCCGCAAAUCGUACCAAACCUACAACCCCGGCUGAAUUACGUCUGGAUAAUCGAUUUUGGUUGGGCUCUGCUACAACCACCGAUGGGACCGGGCUCAUUGAAUCCACUCCAAGUUGGCUAAAGUCCAAAUGGGCCGAAUUAGAGGUAACCUGUGAGAAAUCUGCUUUACUCAAAUUAUUUUUCUUUCUGUUCUUCGUUGAAAAAUCCAAUUUUGCCCCAAAUUAUGCUUUAAAAUUCACUCAAACUCCCUAA